UCCAAGGUGCGGCGAGCCGGUGGGGGGACCGCGAGGCUAGCGCGGGAGCCUGGGCGGCGAGCGGGCUGGGAGCUGCCCGAAAAUGCACUCGGAUGCCACCGCUGUCAACUUUCAGCUGAACUCUCAUCUCUCAACACUGGCAAAUAUUCAUAAGAUCUACCACACCCUUAAUAAACUAAAUUUAACAGAAGACGUUGGCCAAGACGAUCACCAAACAGGAAGUCUGCGGUCCUGCAGUUCUUCAGACUGCUUUAGUAAAGUGAUGCCGCCAAGGAAAAAGAGAAGACCUGCCUCUGGGGAUGAUUUAUCUGCCAAGAAGAGUAGACAUGACAGUAUGUAUAGAAAAUAUGAUUCAACUAGAAUAAAGACUGAAGAAGAAGCCUUUUCAAGUAAGAGGUGCUUGGAGUGGUUCUAUGAAUAUGCAGGUACUGAUGAUGUUGUAGGUCCUGAAGGCAUGGAGAAAUUUUGUGAAGACAUUGGGGUUGAACCAGAAAAUGUAGUUAUGCUUGUCCUCGCUUGGAAAUUAGAUGCACAAAACAUGGGCUAUUUUACUCUACAGGAAUGGUUAAAAGGAAUGACUUCUCUACAAUGUGAUACCACAGAAAAACUCAGAAACACUUUGGAUUAUUUACGAUCAUUAUUAAAUGAUUCUACAAACUUUAAACUUAUUUACAGAUAUGCAUUUGACUUUGCACGGGAAAAGGACCAGCGCAGCCUAGACAUAAACACUGCCAAGUGCAUGUUGGGACUGUUAUUAGGAAAAAUCUGGCCCCUUUUUCCAGUUUUUCACCAAUUCUUAGAGCAAUCAAAAUAUAAAGUUAUUAACAAAGACCAGUGGUGCAAUGUGCUAGAGUUUAGCAGAACAAUUAAUCUUGACCUCAGCAACUACGAUGAAGACGGAGCGUGGCCAGUUUUGUUGGACGAGUUUGUGGAGUGGUAUAAAGACAAACAGAUGUCCUAGGACUUUGUGCAUAGCAGCGAGAGAGUCACUGUUACCACAGUUAUGUCAACCAUUAGCCAUAAAUUGCUGUUUGUGUCAAAGCGCAUGCUGCUUUUCUUGCACUCUCUCCCUUUGGCAGGGGCGUUUUGGUGUUUGCUGUUGAGUGCGCCGCUCUGCUUGCGGUGCAGCGCUGUUCUCUUGGAGGCUGCUUUGCAGUUGUAUUUACACUACAGAUUGGUGAAUUUGCCAACGUCCUCACUGUGAUUAUGUGUAUAUUGCUGUUUAAAUUUUGUAUAUGUGUAUAAAAAAAAGCUUCACCUAGAGAUUAUUUCUGCAAAAAUGUAUUGUAAAAAUAAUUUUUGUGGCAUAUUUCUAGUCCCUUUUUUCAAAUGAUCCAAUUGUACUUUAUUUGGUCUCAAAUGUAGCAUUUCAGAAAACAAGACAGAACAGCUGAUAGCAUAAGCAAAUGUUGCCGGAAUUAACCUUACUGUUGAAGAGGCCAACUUUUGGAAGGAGGUGGGAGUCCUAACUUUUCAGAGGCAUAUGCCAAAUGUAAUUUGGUUUUCUUAAAUACUAGUGUUUUAAAAAAUGAUGUAAGUUAUAAUUAUUUGAACAUACAGCUAUGUACCAUGCCACACAUCAUUUCUACCAUGCAAGGUAUAGUUGUUUUGCUUUGUUUUGUUUUCCUAAUGUUAAAGCUGUAGUAACUUGAAUAUAGGUACAAAUGAACAAAUUAAAAUUGCACCUUUUUUAUGGAGUUUAAACUCUUGUGAGCUUUCUUUAGGGUAUUUUUUUUUUCCUUCUCUUUUUCUUUCACAAUCUUCCUAGUCAGUGUUUGGGCUGCUGAUGCUUCUUCCUGUGCCAUACUAAAUAACUUUAUUUGCCGCUCCGUGAAAACCUAAUGGUUUGCUGGCAAUUUACGACAGAGCACUUUUAGUUGUAGUUUGAAUUUUUAAGCUUUCAUGAUGUCUAAUUUUCUAGUUUUGGGGAAAAAAAACUAUAUAAAUGAGAGGUGUUUGUUUUGUUUUCCUUUUUUUUCUUUUAUGCUAGGCUUUUCCUGGCAGAAUGUCCAUUGCAGGCAGUGGACACGAAACCACCAGCAUUUGAGCUAAACUCUGUUUCACAGUGGGACCUUUGCCGGAGGGGCCACUCGUCAUUACCUGAGUGAUUUGUACAGAAAGGUGAUAGCCAUUAUUUAUGUGGAUGAGGAAACGAGAAUAAACAGGAUGGUCUUUUUAGGUUUGUAUCUUACGUCUUUCUGCUCCCCCCACCCCCUCCCCUUAUCCUGCUUGAGGAAUGUAUAGAUAACAUGUUUUCCCUUCAACUAUCUGGUGCUAUUGAAAGACUAAUUCAAUCCCUAAAGUUUUGUGAAAACACAAAAAACUAAUGAUUUAAACUACAUAAAAAGCUAAUGGUGCAUUUGAACAAGUGAAUAAAUAGUUUAAUCUGAGCAAGAUUCACGAUUGAGCAUGUAAUGGUUGAUAGAGGCUUGGAUUACUUUUUGACUUAAUGUGAACCUUUAAAUGGCAUUCAGUGAGUGAAGCACAUAGACAUUUCUCCUGACCACUUUUUCACAAUUUCUUUGCAAACAGUGCUCAGGUUUUCGGAUGAUUUUUUUUUCUUCCCUAAGUGAACCACCAAAGACAGACAUUUUGUGUGUGUGUAUACGGUGUGUGUGCUUAUACAAAACCAUGGUAUGGUAAAGUGAUAUUCCUUUUUCUGCCAAGUAAAAGGGUUUGGUUUGCUUUGAAAUAAACCAGGAGUUUCUAAACCUCGGUAAUGAUUAAUUAUUACUCACUUAGAAAUUGUAGGCUCACUUUUACCUUUCAGAUUCUCACCAGUUUGCACAAAGUUAAUAUCUGAAAAAAAUGGGAGAGACUGAUGCAAGCACAGCUGCUCAGGCCAGUGUGUGGGAAGGGGGUCUGUUCUGGGGUGGGUGUGUGUUCCCUGGUGAUUGGCUAUUGGCAGCUUUGAAUCUGUGGAGAACUUAACUUGAAUCUUUUUCAGAAGUAUCCCAUAAAGUUAAAACAAUAACACUUUUAAGACUGCAGUUCUUACAUCUGAUUAACUAUAGUUUUGCUUAAAACAAACAUAAAUCAUAGAUGAAACUUUUUAAAAGUUAUUAUUAGAAAAUGGAGAACAUCUUUUUUUUUUUUU